AUGGCUCCCUUCGAUGAUCAACACACCGAUGUUCCUGGCACUGUGUACCUGGUAGAUACAUCGAACGCCUUGGAGAAUGCCGCUCAUGUAGGAGGUCAAGAUGUUCUCCUCAUACCACAACCGUCCAAAUCCCAGGCUGAUCCUUUGAACUGGCCACGGUUUAAGAAGCUCUGGUCGUUGUUCCUCAUAUCGAUGUAUGCUUGUGUGUUCUCAUUCGGUGAGAAUAACUGGGGAGCUAGCUGGACGUUGAUCUCAGAAGAUACCGGCGUCAGCCUGACCAACAUGAACGGCGGUUCUGCUUUAAACUACCUUCUCCUUGGAUUCUUUAACAUAAUCUGGAUUCCCACAGCAAUGAAAGUUGGACGCAAGAUUGUUUACAUUUUGAGUUUACUUCUUCUUGUCGGUGGAAGUGUGUGGGGCAAGUAUUAUACCGGAACUGCGCAGUACUACAUCAUGCUAGCCAUCCAAGGAGUUGGCACGGCAGCUUACCAGGCCUUGAUUCAACUGACGAUCUUUGAUAUGUUUUUUACGCAUGAGCGAGGCCGCAUGGUUGCGAUAUACAUUUUUUUCCAGCAGCUCGGCUCGAUCCUUGGUCUUAUCCUAGGCGGGUACAUCUCCGAUGGAAUUGGCUGGCGCUGGAGCUCGCCUAUCGUUGCAAUUGCAUGUGGCGUAUUGAUCUUACUAUUCAUUUUUACCUUCGACGAUACAAUGUUUCCGCGGUACCGAUUUAACAGCUUCUCUGACACAAACCCGACUGGACCGAAUGAGGAUAUGAAGAAAGAAUCAGAACUGGGGCCAUCAAUUUCAGAGCUGGCCAGCGAUGGCGAUGGUGAAGAGAUUCCCCCAAGAACCUAUCGCCAGAAGAUUGCCCUGGUCCAUCGUUUUGCCGAUGACAAAACAACCUGGUUCCAGUACUUUCGUCGGCCAUUCUAUCUCUUUGCCUUUCCAAACAUUGUCCUCGCAGGCAUACAGUUCGCAUUCGGCUGUACAGCGGGGAUUGUUUCUUUCAACACCAUAUCAGAAAUCAUGACUGAGUCGCCUUAUAAUUGGAGUGCUGGUUCUACCGGCUUGAUAUUUCUCGCUGCGCUGAUUGGGAACUUCCUCGGUAUGGGAGUAGGCUCUUUAUCUGACUGGGUAGUGCUUGUUCUUGCGCGGAGAAACAAGGGUUACAAGGAGCCUGAGAUGCGCAUCUGGACAUACAUUUUUCCCUUCACUUUCGGCGCUAUUGGAUACUUUCUCUACGGUUGGGCUGCGACUAAUGGCUCACAUUGGAUGGCUAUUGCAGUCGCGCUUUGCUGUUUAAUCGCUCAGCAGGUGUCGAUAACAAGUCUUGCAACGGCGUAUGCGAUGGAAUGUUUUGAUGGGAUAUCUGGCGAGCUUGUCGUGGUACUUGCUAUCUGCUCAUCUCUGAUCAACUUCGCUAUUUCGUACUCCGUCCAGCCAUUCAUCGAUGCCACGAAUUAUGGCUGGGCUUUUACUUGCUUCGGAAUACUUGUGGCUCUUUCGGGUUUGCUUGGUAUCCCUAUGAUUAUUUGGGGCAAGUCGUGGCGUCGGAAGUGCAAGAUGCGAUACGAACAGUUUCUCGCAGAGACAGGCCGCAGCUAG